UCCUCAGUUGGCCUCUGCUCUGUAGAGGCGCCUUUGAUGCACUAAGAGGUUUGUCCGCUGCUCGGCGCCGACUCAUAACAGUCUUUAUCGUCUCAGUUCGGCCUCAAGGUUCCAGUUUACUCUUCAUACCGACGGAAAAACAUCAGGACGGUUCAGUGAGUGGCGCUCGCCGACGAUCAAAUUGCCCUUGAUGUGACGGCGCCGCGGCAGAGUUGCCCUCUCUACCUCCGAUCGCCCUCCGUGCCUCGCCGCAUGACCUCCGAUGACCGCUGACCCUCGGAGGGGAAACCCCAUCCUCACCCUGCAUCCCCCACUUCCUGUGGACUCCUGAUACCGCCCCACCCCGCACCGCCGCCACCGUCUGACACCUCCACCUGUUCCCAGUGGAGGUGUGGAGGACCAGAGAAUAAAUUUCCCCUUUUCAAAUUUCUCCUGGUUGGUUUGAGUCCGGUUCUGCCGGCCACGCGAGUUUUUAAAGCUGGGGCGCGAUUCCUGGGAUGCAACCAUGUCGGGUCUGAGUGAGCGCAGGCCGGUCAACACGGACUACGCCAUCUCGCUGCUGGAGCAGCUCAAGUUCUUCUACGAGCAGAAGCUUCUGACGGAUGUGGUGUUGCUGGUGGAGGACGCGGAGUUCCCGUGUCACAAGAUGGUUCUGGCCACGUGUAGCUCCUAUUUCAGAGCGAUGUUCAUGAGCGGCCUCAGCGAGAGCAAGCAGACCCACGUCCACCUGAGGAACGUGGACCCCGCCACGCUGAAGAUCAUCAUCGCCUACGCCUACACGGGCCACCUGGCCAUCAGCGACAGCACGGUGGAGCCGCUCUACGAGACCGCCUGCUUCCUACAGGUGGAAGACGUCUUGCUGCAGUGCAGAGACUACCUGGUGAAGAAGAUCAAUGCUGAGAACUGCGUCCGCAUGCUGAGCAUCGGCGACCUCUUCAGCUGCAGCGAGCUAAAGCAGAGCGCCAAGCGCAUGGUGGAGCACAAGUUCCCCAGAGUUUACCGACAGGAGGCCUUCCUGCAGCUCUCCCAUGAGCUGCUCAUCGACAUCUUGAGCAGUGACAACCUCAACGUGGAGAAAGAGGAGACGGUGCGCGAGGCGGCCAUGUUGUGGUUAGAGUUCAACAUGGAGGCACGCUCGCAGCACCUGUCCUCCGUGCUGAGCCAGAUCCGCAUCGACGCGCUGUCGGAGGUGACCCAGCGCGCCUGGUUCCAGGGUCUGCCGCCCAACGAUAAGUCGGUGGUGGUGCAGGGCCUCUACAAGUCCAUGCCCAAGUUCUUCAAGCCUCGUCUGGGCAUGACCAAGGAGGAGAUGCUGAUCUUUAUGGAGGCCAUGUCGGAGACGCAAGGCGAGAGCUACGUCACGUCGACGUCCGCGCCUACGACGAUAGUGUGUUACAGCCCGCAGGCGGAGAAGGUGUACAAGCUGUGUAACCCGCCGGGAGACCUGCAGAAAGUCGGGACCCUUGUUACCCCCGACAACGACGUCUACAUCGCCGGCGGUCAGAUCCCCCUCAAAAACUCAAUAGCCAACCAUGGCAGGAGCGGGAAGCUACAGGCCGUGUUCCGCUCGGUCGACAGCUUCUUCUGGUUGGAUGCGCAGCAGAACGCCUGGGUGCCGAAGACCCCCAUGCUGUGCGCCCGCAUCAAGCCGUCGCUGGUCUACUGCGACGGCUACAUUUAUGCAAUCGGCGGCGACAACGUGGGCGGGGAGCUGAACAAGCGCACGGUGGAGCGCUACGACUGCGAGAAGGACGAGUGGACUAUGAUGAGCCCGCUGCCCUUCGCCUGGAACUGGAGCACCUCGGUGGUGGCUCACGAUUGCAUCUAUGUGAUGACGCACGACCUGAUGUACUGCUACUUCCCCCGCGCCGACGCCUGGGUGGAGAUGGCCAUGCGCAAAACCAGCCGCUGCUUCGCCUCUGCCGCCGCCUUCGGCGACCUCAUCUUUUACAUCGGCGGCCUCCACGUGGUCAGCAACUCCGGCAUCCGCAUGCCGACCAGCACCAUCGACGGCUCCUCGGUCACCGUGGAGAUCUACGACGUCAACAAGAACGAGUGGCGCCUGGCCGCCAACAUCCCGGCCAAGCGCUACUCGGACCCAUGCGUGCGCGCCGUGGUGCUGCUCAACUCGCUCUGCAUCUUCAUGAGGGAGACCCACAUGAACGAGCGCGCCAAGUACGCCAUCUACCAGUACGACAUGGAGCUGGACCGCUGGUACCUGCGGCAGCCUGUGUCCGAACGCGUCCUCUGGGAUCUGGGGAAGGACUUCCGCUGCGCCGUAGGGAAACUUUACCCUUCCUGUUUGGAGGAGUCUCCAUGGAAACCGCCGACGUACCUCUUCUCCCCCGACGGCGGUGAGGAGUUCGAGGUGGACGGAGAGCUGGUGACCCUCCCCCACGUAUAGCUUCUACCUCCCCCCCUCCAUGACAUAGUGGAGGAACAUUGAGGAAGGGGGGGGCUCUGUAGCGUUAGCGUGAAAAGUGCGAAGGGUCCACCGGACUCGAUUCCCCUCGAAUAUAAACCCAUUCUCCUUUUGGUUCUGUUUUAUUUUGUCAGUGGUGACAUCUGUUAGAUAUUAUGUCGGUCAUACUGUUUCUACAAUGUGAUAAUCUCAAACUAAUUUUGUGAUGAUGAUGAUGAUGAUGCACUUAACUGGUAAACCUUCUGGUUAACGGAAACUGUACCAAAAUCUCUUCUUUCUGCUAAAGAAAUACUCCACAGAAAAUCAAAGAUCACUGCAACUGGACGUUGAAUUUGAAGAUAUUUCAGCGCCUUCUUGUUGGAAGACUUGAGUUUUGAUAAAUAUUUAUGCAGCUGUAAUAAAAUAAAGUUCGGAAAGCGAUAAAAGUGAAGCAUCUGGGCUCAAAGGGAAUAAACUGGGUGGUAUUUCAGCUCUGGGCCGGAUCGUGUCCUCGUGUUGCCUUCUCAUUUGUUUAAUUUUUUCCCCCUAAGAACUGGAACACAUAAAGGAGGAAAAUGUGCUGCAGGGUUUUCUAUAAACAUAGUUUAUGAUCCAUCUUUAAAGGAAGGAAUUAACAGAUAUUCCCCAUUUAUGCAUCAAACCUCCGGCUUUCAUUUCGUGCUCAUAAAGAAACAAUUUCACACGUUUACCUUUUUCAUUUCAGUUAUUCCCUUUUUUGCAAUUCAUGUUUUAAACAUUAAAUAAAGAUGGAAACUUUAUUCAUCCCCAGAAGGAAGCCGAAAUAUACUGAAUUGCAAAAAAACUGCUUUCAUGCAAUAUUGGAUAGACUUUCACUGCCGUUUGUUUCCACAUUUGAUGAUUAUUUUGUAUUAUAAAAGUAGCUGGUGCUAAUAAAAGGUGAUAUCUUCAACGCAGUUUUCACCAACCAGGCUGCAAUUUCAGUUUCUCUAACCUCUAAACACGUAAAAUCUAAAAUAUCCCAACAAAAUGCGGUUUGAAAUGUGAAGAAAAGUCACCAGAAUACUCACAUCUGAUGUAAAAUUUAAUUUAGUUUAUGUUUUGCAGACUGUAUUUAAUUUGUUUCAUUUUGGUGACGUCAGUUUGAACCCUUUGGCUAAUAUUAGCUUAAGCUAACCAGUAAACCGUCGUCGUUGGGUCAUUUGACAACAGGUCAAAGCAAAAAUAGAGCAAACUAGGAUUUAAAAUAAAUACUUUAAACCGUCAGCUUUCCAUAUAGCGGCGAACUGAACCGAAGUCGAAACAAAACUCCUGAAAAAUGUCGUUGAAGGAACAACCGUCGCCAUUUUGUCCAUUCAUGCUUCUGUUUUCAACCAUUUCAUACCCACGACCUUAAACCAUUGCAUAUUAGUUUAUAUAUGAGGUUUGUUUUUUAUUAAUUAUAUUCAUAAACAUGCUCAGAUCCCAAAAUUUCAUUUAUUCGUAGAUUAAUUUUUCACUUUCUUUGGUUUGGUGUCAUGAAUAAACCCUGAUUAAACCAUAUUGACUACAUAUGUAAACAUGCCUGAAUUCGCUAAAAUAAGCUAAUUGCCUUUGGUAGUAUUAGUUACUGGAGUCAUAAUACCACAUUUGCCUACAGUAGACUAACAAACUCAUGCAUAGUCAUAAAUCAUCCUCCUUUUUUUAUUAUUUAUUUGGCCGGAAACAGCACAGAAUAACAAAAAUUAGUAAAGAAAAUGUACGUAGAAAACUCACUUUUUUGGAAGCUUCCCUCAAUGUUUGAACUUUGAUUUUUAGCGGAGUAUUCCUUUAAAAAUAAAUGGGAUCAUGCAUUUUCUUAAAAGGCCUCGCAGACGGAGCGGGUCGUUUCCGGAGGACCGAGCGGGAAAACCGAGCGGCAGGUGGAAGAAGUUUGAUUAAAGACGGGGUGGCUGCAGGUACAGCCACUCGUAGCCCCGCCUCCGCCGCUUGAGGCUCCGCCCUCUCCCUCCAACUGACCCCGCCCCCUUAUUGCGUCACGUCUGCUGCACACAGGUCUUCCACACAACCAGCAGUUCACACCUCAGUCUCUGUUUCUUUCUCUGCAACAAACAAAACUCCACUCGCAGUAAAAAAAAAAAACAAACAGGUUCUGGGCUCAUGCAUUUUUUUUAUUUCUAAGCUGCUGAAUUAUAUAAAUGUAUAAAAACUAUAUUUUUCAUAUGUUUAAAACGGCUGUUUUAGUGUGAAAGGGACAGGUGGGCAUAACCAGGUCUAUUUUGUAUUAGUGUCUUUCUUUUUUAUUAUUAUUUAAUACCUGACAUUACUGUAGUGUGAUUGUCUGUAGAUCUUCAUCUUCUUAUCAGAUUACAUUUUUUCUGGAUGAGUACUGAGAAAUCUUGCUGCUGAUUGGCUGAGAGAGGAGAGAGCUGGGUAAAAUGGUGGGUGGGGGUCUUCCUUCUAAAACAUCUUUAAAACAUGAGCACAGGUGCUUCAUGACAAACCUUACUAGCAUGUUUGGCUGCAUCAUUUUUCCUUUGGCACUGUAUUUUGGAUGAACGUUAAUUUAUUAAAAAAUAUACCAAAAACGUUCUGCAAA